AUGGUGUAUGAUCCAAUAAGAGAUUGCGAGGUCCCUUCACCUGCUGUGAAUAAGAAUGAUCCUUGGAAUUACCCCACGCCACCACCGGCAGAACGAGAUGCGACGUCAAACCACAUUCACGAUCACAACAAUGGAAGACCAGCAUAUCCUCAACACUCCGCAUCGUAUUCACCACCACCUCCCGGAGCUGGAUCAAGUAAUUUAAGAGGGUUAUUGAAUGAAGGUCCAACAUCAAUAGCUUCGUCUGAUUCAAGAAGAAGAAGUGAUAGAACUACUUCAGUAUCUUCAAUACCUGAAGAUUCAGUAGGAGGAGGAGGAGGAGGAGGAGGAGGAGGAGGAGGAGAUGGAGAUGGAUCAAGAUCACAUAUACAUCGAUUAUUGAAUAAUACCAAUAGUUCUACUCAACCUAUUUCCAAGACCAAUUCAAACUCUUCAUUACCUAGAUCAUCACCUUCAAAUCCAUCACCUGGAUCAAGACAUCAUUUGCUUGACCCAAAUGGUUUCUUGACUCCCGCUACGCCUGCUUCUGCUUAUCCAAGAUCAAGAUCAACCACUUCUAAAUCACCUCAUCCUCAAAUAAGUCCUCACAAGUCUACUGUACCUCUACCAUACAAUCAGAACCCACACCAAUACCAACAGCAUCAACAUCAACAUCAGUAUCCUUAUGAGCAGGGUUAUCCUGUACAAUACGGUGAACCAUCAUCGCAACAACACAGAAGGGAAUCUUCGGGUGCAAGUCAAGGUCAAAGACCAAUGUUACCACCUCAGCAACCUAUUCAUCCGCAUGAUGUCUACCAUUAUGAACAACAUCAACAACAUCAGCAUCAGCAGCAGCAGCAGCAGCAACAACAACAACAGCAGCAGCAGCGGACGCCAGGGGUGAUAUAUCAACAAUUACCCAUUCGCUCACCAUCCGUAUCAGUCUCCCCUAGAAGUCAACAACAUUCUUUACCUUAUUCUUCUUCAAGACCAGGUUCAUCAGCUAGUAAUUCGCAUCCUUUCGCAUAUCAAAUGCAACAUCAUCCUCACUCUCAAGUAGUCUCACCGAGUACUUCCACUCGUAGAUUAUCAGAAGAUCAGCCUAGGCCAACUUCAACGAGUUCGGCAAGUGGAAGGCGUUAUACCGAUCCAAAUUCCGCUGUCAUUCCAACACCGAUUCGUAGAUCAAGUCAAACUUCUACAUCUGGAUUCGCACAUCAGAUGACACCUAUACGAUCACCUUCGCCCAUAGUCCAAGGUAUACCUUAUAACCCUCAUCGAAUCAGUCAACCUGAAAGUAUACUUCAACCAAUAGGAUCGGAUGAAUUAGCUUAUUACAAAAGUCUGGGACAACAGAAUAACCCUCUAAGAAAUCGUAAAUCCAAAAAACAGUUACCGUCAUGGUCUGGACCUUCACCUGGACCCAGAUCAAGUUUCCCAAGCGACAAUGACUCCUCGUAUUUCCCUCCUCAAGAAGAAGAUCCAAGAUCACAUCGAGCACAAAGCUGGGUAGAUGAUAGAGCUUCAAUAGGUAGACCUUCUGUGACUCCUACACCUGGAUCAGCAUAUGGUGGGGGCGGAAAUCAUGGUGUAUAUCCUCCUGCAUUCGAAGAACAACCUACACCUUCAAGAGGUACUUUGACCAGAGGCAGAAGACCUACCGGUAAUGGAUCGGAUGGCAGUAAUCAUCUGAAAAGACCUAGUGAUAGGGAUGAGGAUGAAUAUGGUCAUAAUAUGCAGAGGAGGAAAGUUAGCCAAACACAAUACGUUGGAAACGUAGCUGCUGUUGCAGAUCAUUAUAACUCUCGGCCUGAAGUAGGUGUGGAGGGAAGAGAGUUUUCACCCAUCAUAGGACUGAAGAAGUUCAAUAACUGGAUCAAAUCGGUUUUGAUUGGUAAAUUCGCUCAUAGACCACAAGGAAAGAUACUGGACAUCGGAUGUGGAAAAGGCGGUGAUUUGAAUAAAUGGAAACAAGCUAGAAUAGGUCUGUAUGUUGGGUUAGACCUCGCACAAACAUCUGUUCAACAAGCUGCUGAAAGAUAUCAGCGUAUGCGAAACCAAUUUGAUGGAUAUUUUUUCGCUCAUGAUUGUUAUUCCAAACCGAUUAGCGAUAUCUUGCCAGAUCAACUUCAAGUCAAAGAGCUUUACGAUAACGUGUCGAUGCAAUUUUGUAUGCACUACGCAUUUGAAUCCGCAUCAAAAGUUAGAAUGAUGAUUGAAAACGUAUCGAGAUAUCUACGUAAAGGUGGUACGUUUAUUGGAACCAUCCCAAAUGCGGAUUUACUACUAUCGAAGCUCAAUGAAUUACCUGAAGAUGACGAAGAAUUACGAUUUGGUAAUUCGUGUUAUUAUGUCCAAUUCUCGGAGAGAAAACACAAAGGAAUAUAUGGACAUCAGUACAGAUUCUUCUUGAUGGAUGCCGUGGAAGAUGUACCUGAAUACAUAGUGGAUUGGGAAAACUUUGAGUCAUUAGCAAUGGAAUACAAACUCCGAUUGAAAUAUAAAAAACCAUUUCACGAUAUAUUACAAGAAGAAAAGGAAUCGAGAGAUUUCGGUCCUCUACUUGGUAAAAUGGGUGUGGUCAACGAUCAAGGUGAAAGUGCAAUGGAUGAAGAUCAAUGGGAAGCAGCUAAUCUUUAUAUGGCAUUCGCAUUUGAAAAGAUAUGA